AUGGGGCCAGUUCAACUUUCCGAGUUAUCACAGGAGCUGAAACCCGCGCCCGCCAGAGGCCCGGACGGGAGACAGUUCCGGGCGGACGGGGCUUCGGCCGGCACAGCCAAGAGGCAGAGGGGGACAGCUGGCCUGGCUGGGGCCCCCGGGGGCCUGGGCGCCCCUGCCCCUGACCGUCAGGGCCGCCACAGUUCCCUCGGAGACCCGGAGACUGCAGAAGAGGACGCCGGCCUCCUGGAGCAGGAGGCUGGAGCCGUGGGGCCCGAGGCCGCGGGAGAGCCCGAGCCCCUGAGCCCUGCCAGUGCAGGUGAGUCGCAGCCGUUCCCGCCACAGCCGCCACCGCCGUCCACGCCAGCAGGGCCCUCUUCCCAGGACCAGCACCGUGGUGGCCGUGUGGAGACAGAGCCUGGACGGUCAUGGCCAGGACCUAACGAGCUGGAGCCGGUGCUACAGGACGGGCAGAGGUGCGUGCGGGCUCGACGCAGCCUGGCCGAGGGGCUGUCCUGGGGCCCCUUCCGAGGGAACAUCCAGAGCAAAGCCUCGUCCCCUGGGCAGGUGCAACCGGCAGCGGCACGGCUGGGAGGGGACCCCCAUACCGCGAGGUCAAACGCCGCCCUGACUACCCUGUCCGGCUCCAGCCUGGGAGUCAGAGCCCCUGUUUCUCAGCCACAGAAACCCGGGCCCCGGGAACUCGGCCUGCAGCGUGUCCGCUGGGCAGGCAGGGGGCCGCAGGCAGAGUUUCCAGCUGCAGACCCUCGGACCACCGUCCACAGCUCCCACCCCAGCCCGAGUCAGGCUCUUGAGCUGGGGCCUGGCCUCAGGAGGUUGGAGCAGCUCCCCCAAGCUGAGGCCCCCUGGGCCACCCACACCGCCCGGCACAGCCCAGCGGCCGUGCUCAGAGAAGCGGAUGCUGGCCCAGGACCAAGGGCUCCCGGCUGCGUGGCCAGACCAUCCCCGUGGCAAGACGUCUUCCCCUGCAAAGACUGCGGCAUCUGGUACCGGAGCGAGAGGAACCUGCAGGCCCACCUACUCUACUACUGCGCCAGCCGCCAGACCACCGGCUCGCCCGCUGCGGCUGCCGACGAGAAGCCCAAGGAGACCUACCCCAACGAGCGCGUCUGCCCCUUCCCCCAGUGCCGCAAGAGCUGCCCCAGCGCCAGCUCCCUGGAGAUCCACAUGCGCAGCCACAGCGGAGAACGGCCCUUUGUAUGUCUCAUCUGCCUGUCGGCCUUCACCACCAAAGCCAACUGCGAGCGGCACCUCAAGGUGCACACAGACACGCUGAGCGGUGUCUGCCACAGCUGUGGCUUCAUCUCCACCACAAGGGACAUCCUCUACAGCCACCUGGUGACCAACCACAUGGUCUGCCAGCCGGGCUCCAAGGCGGAGAUCUACUCCCCAGGGGCCGGACACCCCGCUGCCAAGCUCCCCCCAGACAGUCUGGCCAGCUUCCAGCAGCACACGGCCCCCCAUGGCCCCCUGGCUUCCACCGACCUGGGCCUGGCGCCCACCCCAUCACCAGGACUGGACAGGAAGGCUCUGGCUGAGGCAACCAAUGGAGAGGCCAGAGCGGCCCCCCAGAACGGGGGCAGCAGCGAGCCCCCGGCGGCCCCCCGGGCCAUCAAGACAGAGGCUGCGACGGAGGAGCCCGAGGCGGAGCCAGGGCCCCCAGCCGCCGCAUCGAGGACACCCUCACCGCCCAGCCCUGCCCCUGCCAGGGUGAAGGCAGAGCUGUCCAGCCCCACACCCGGCUCCAGUCCGGGCCCUGGCGAGCUGGGGCUGGCGGCCGGCACGCUCUUCCUGCCGCAGUUCCCCGCGGCGCCCCCGGCCUCAGAGAUCCUGGCCAAGAUGUCGGAGCUGGUACACAGCCGGCUGCAGGCGGGCGCGGGGGCCCAGGCCGGCCUCUUCGCUGGGGCUCCCAAGGGCGCCACGUGCUUCGAGAGACUGGGGCUCAGCGAGGUGAACACGUACCAUGUGAGCGUCCGGAUGCUGCGACCCUCACCCAAGAAGAAGAUAAACGUCCUUCCCACUCGAAGGAAAACGGGUGUGGUGGUACCCAGAGGUGGCUCUGAGGAAGGGCUGGGGAUUGGUAGCUGA